AUUCUUCAAUAGAUUCCAUCUAGUUAAAUUAAUUUAAAAAUCAGCCAAUUCAAAAUCAAGUUUUUGCCACCACAAAAUCAAACCUCACCGCUGAUUUCAUGUUGAACUCGGUUACCUGGAAAGUGAAGAGGCAAAGAGUGACAAAGAUAUACCCAAACGCUUAAAGACUGCACGUGUAGGAAAUUGUUUGAAACAUGGCCAAGUUAGUUAAACCAACAAUGAAGCUCAAGCAACAGCUUCGUGAAGCCAUAGAUCUUCUAUUCACUCGCGGUCCCGCUUCUUCUUCCGACUACACUCGUCUUGUUCUUCACUGUGCUCAAUCCAAUGACUUCAACCAAGCCAAAAGAUUGCAAUCUCACAUGGAACUUCAACUUUUUCAACCUACCGAUUCAUUCAUCCACAACCAACUCCUACAUUUAUAUGCAAAAUGUGGGAAAAUCUCAGAUGCACAACAACUGUUUGAUAAAAUGUCUAAGAGAGAUAUUUAUUCUUGGAAUGCACUUCUUUCUGCUUAUGCAAAAGUGGGUUUGGUUGAGGAUUUGAAUUUGGUGUUUGAUCGAAUGGCUUGUCGUGAUUCUGUUUCGUAUAAUACGAUGAUUGCUUGUUUUGCAAGUAAUUGGCUUUCUGGAAAAGCGUUGAGGUUUUUUGUGAGAAUGCAGGAAGAUGGAUUUCGGCCGACUCAGUAUUCUUAUGUGAAUGCGUUGCAAGCGUGUUCUCAGCUUUUGGAUUUUAGGCUUGGGAAACAGAUUCAUGGGAGAGUUGUUGUUGGUGAGUUUGAGAAGAAUGUUUUUGUUUGGAAUGCUGUGACUGAUUUGUAUGCUAAGUGUGGUGAUAUUGAUAGGGCGCGGUGGUUGUUUGAUGGAAUGGUUAAUAAGAAUCUUGUUUCGUGGAAUUUGAUGAUCUCCGGAUAUGUGAAAAUGGGGAAGCCUGAUGAGUGUAUUAGUUUCUUUAAUAAGAUGCAAUUAUCUGGUUUGAAACCUGACCAAGUUACGGUUUCUAGUGUUCUCAAUGCUUACUUUCAAUCUGGACGUGUAGAUGAUGCAAGGAAUAUGUUUGAUAAAAUAGAUAAAAAGGAUGAGAUUUGUUGGACUACGAUGAUAGUUGGUUAUGCACAAAGUGGAAGAGAGGAGGAUGCUUUGAUGUUGUUUAGUGAAAUGCUUCGUGGAAACGUCAGACCUGACAGCCACACAAUUUCUACUGUGGUAAGCUCUUGUGCCAAGUUAGCAUCAUUGUAUCAUGGUCAGGCCGUCCAUGGAAAAGUUAUUCUUAUGGGUGUUGAUAGUAACAUGCUUGUAUCAAGUGCACUUGUUGAUAUGUAUUGCAAGUGUGGAGUCCCUUUGGAUGCUCGGGUAAUUUUCGAAACUAUGCCUAUUAAGAACGUGAUCAUCUGGAAUUCCAUGAUUUUGGGUUAUGCACAAAAUGGGGAGGCUGAGGAGGCCUUGACUCUGUAUGAAAGAAUGCUGCAAGAAAAUUUCAAACCCGACAAUAUCAGUUUUGUGGGAGUCUUAUCUGCUUGUAUAAAUACUAAUAUGGUUAAAGAAGGACGUAAGCAUUUCGAUUCAAUCAGUGAACAAGGAAUGACACCGACGUUGGAUCACUAUGCAUGCAUGAUUAUUCUCCUUGGCCGGUCAGGUAAUAUCGAUAAGGCAUUGGAUUUAAUCAAAGGCAUGCCUCACAAACCUGAUUGCCGAAUUUGGUCCGCUUUACUAUCUGUUUGUUCCAAAGGCGACAUAAAGACUGCAGAGGUUGCGGCUAAUCAUAUAUUUCAAUUGGAUCCACAUAAUGCUGGAUCUUAUAUUAUGCUUUCCAAUUUGUAUGCUGCUUGUGGGAGAUGGAAAGAUGUAGCUGUUGUAAGAUCUCUUAUGAAGAGCAAAAAUGCAAAGAAGUUUUCUGCAUACAGUUGGGUUGAAAUUGGGAAAAAAGUCCACAGAUUUGUUUCCGAUGAUCACAAUCAUCCAGAAAUGGAAAAAAUCUACAGUGAAUUGAACAGAUUGAUUGGAAUAUUGCAACAAAUUGGGUAUAAUCCAGAUACGGGCAUAGUUCUUCAUAAUGUGGGAGAGGAAGAAAAAUUGAGAUCCAUCUCGCACCAUAGUGAGAAACUUGCCCUUGCGUUUUCUUUAAUAAAAAAGUCCAAUGGAGCUGCGCCAAUACGGAUCAUAAAGAAUAUACGUAUCUGCGAUGACUGUCAUGAAUUUAUGAAGUUUGCAUCGAUUGCUAUUACUCGGCCAAUCAUUAUAAGAGAUUCAAGCAGGUUUCAUCAUUUCUUUGGUGGAAAGUGUUCUUGCAAGGACCACAGGUAAAGUGUCAAUCCGAUGGUAAUCUCCGGCGCUUUGAAUGUUUUCAAAAGAAGGGUGUGCAGUGUCAUAUUAUCCUGUCUAAAGAUUUUGAAACAAGGCGAAAACCUAUGUUAUUGAUUGAGAUUUCAAGGACUUGAGAAGCUGUGCAGCAUGUGAAUAUUAGGUGAGACGAACAACAAUGUUGUGAUUGAAAUUUCUUGUGACAAAGUAAAGCAGCUAAAAACAUUAGGGGAUACAAAACAAUUAUACAUUGGGUUCAACAAUUCAGGUAGAGCCUUGGAUGAGUGUCUAGAACCCAACUGAUGUAAAUAUUCAUAAUGGAAGCCAAUUUACCUUUUUCUCGACAGCUCCUUUAUCGGCAUUUUGCAAAAUGAUCGGCCCCAUCCCAAAUGAGACUGAUACAGUAAAUAUACGUGAAUGAUAAGUUUAAACUUCCCCGCAUCAACUUUUAGUCAUGUUGGUCUAAUUUGACACUUUAACCCUAGGAUGUCCACAAUGAAGCUAAGAACAUAAUCGCCAAUGCUUUCUUUGAGUGGGAAGCAAUUCUUUGCUCAUCAACUAUCAUGGGUUUAGUAUGAGCACAAGUUAUAACUGAUCCAUUUUUAAGGCUAAUUAUUAUAAGAUUCAUAUUCUGCCGAUCCGUGAUAUCUUUUUUCUGCCCACCCGAGGAAAGUGAAUUAGAUCUGCUGCUUUGCCUACCCAUCUACCUAUUUUUGUUGCACCAAAUUCUGCAGCUGUGCGCUCUGUGGUGUGCAAUUUGCCAGGCACUUUGACGUUGCUGUCUCCUUUCACUUUACUGAUACUACAUAGAUUUGGACUCUAUAGACAAUAAGUAAAUUGUUAGAUUUAUAUGCAGGCUUUCAAAGCUAAAGAUUCUCUGGUCAAAGGAAUAUAAAAUGUAUGGGUUAACAUUUUGGGUGACAUGACAAGAAUAUCAAUUGUGGGGCAUGGUUUGUCAUGUGGAAAAUGAUUUGUUUUUUAUGGCUGCAUCUGCUUGUUGUGUUAUUUACUUUGACCCCAUCUGCUUCAUUUAUCCAAAUGCUGUAUUUUUUGCUCUCUA